AUGAAGACCGCGAAUCUAACAGUGCCAAAUACCCAAGGGACGAAUCCAGGGAGUCCAAUUAUCAAGAAUAAGUAUGGGCGCCGACUCUGCAGUCAAGUUACAGUCAAGAUUUCCAUGAUAAUGAGAAAAAUUAAGGGGAACGCAAGUCUGGUGAGACCGCAGUGGAGAAUAUAUUACUUGAAGACUUUAGACAGACCUCUCGGGACAACACAGAUUCAUACUUGUAAAUCUCUGGCAAUUUCAGUCAUAAGAGCAUACGAACAAAUUAGCCGCUCACGCGAAGAUGAUAUCUACAACGAACAGCUAUACCCUGAAGAGGAGAGUAUAACGCCUGCAGUCAGAUCAGGGAUUACGAUCGAUUAUGAUCGAUCAUCCGUGUAUAUUCACAAAGACAGUCCUCAUGAUUGA